GAAAAGGGAAAAAAAGCGAAAGCCUGGGUCACUGGACAACAUGAAGAUAAACUACCAGAACACAACAAAACGGAGAAAGCGUGUUGGCUGCUGAAUGGAAUCGCGCGCAUCGUGUGAUCCCACUCAUGAAAAGAGGUUUUAUCAACUUGUCACGACGCAUCAGUUUAGUACAAGCUCUGCAGUUGGGUGCAUAGGAGGUUUCCUAGCAAGGAAAUGGAACGAAUAUUUUUGCUGAUUUUGAUUGUGAGCCUGUUCGGGAUGCUUCCGAAGGUCACAUCCGACCAUACGUCAACUUCUCGUCAAUCAAGCACCAAAGUUGUGGGUGGUCAGGAAGCAUCCUUUGGAGAAUUUCCCUAUCUAGUUUCGGUGCAGUGGAACUUCGGAAACGAAUCGAAACCGGUUCACUUUUGCGCCGGGACUAUCAUCGCACGUGAUUGGAUUCUAACGGCGGCGCACUGCCGGGAGACGUCGUUCGAAACCGGUUGGCUGGAGAUCGUUGCUGGAGAGUUCGAUUUGGAGAGCGCAGAUGAUGGAUUCGAGCAGCGCUCGAAUGUGAGCGAGUUUUUAGUACACGAAAAACGCUCUCCGGGAUUCGUAGGACCGAAUGAUAUAGCACUGAUACGAUUACAAAGCCCUGUGCAGUUGAACGAACGAGUUUCAACGGUCCGACUGGAUUGGCGAAAGACACCUAUUUCUGGACGUGCUACGCUUCCUGGUUGGGGAUCUAUUUCAAGUACCAUCGAGCAAAUAUAUCCUGCGAAGCUUCAUAAGGUGGAACUACCGGUUUUCCCCUAUGACGUCUGUCUGCAAUAUUUUCCACUGUUCAACCCACUUGAGGACACUAAUUUUUGUGCCGGGGAAAUGAGUGGAACUGCGAAUGCCUGUCAUCGUGAUUCGGGAGGACCUUUGAUACAAGAAGUAGACAAUAUUGCGACGCAAAUUGGUAUAGUAUCUUGGGGUGCGUUACCCUGCACAGCUUAUCGCAGUCCAACGGUCAUCACUUGGGUCGCCAUUUUCAAGGAGUGGGUUCGGAUGAAAGUUGGCGAGCUUGAUAUUUAAAUUAAAAAAAAACUAUAUUUCCCACGAUUGAUAUUUU